AUGGCGCAGGAGAAUGGCAAGAAGAAGGAAGAUAAGAAGGCGAUCAAGGCAGCGGCCAAGGUAGCAGCCAAAGGGCCGCAGAUCAACUUGGAACCGCCCAGUGGCACACGGGACUUCUUCCCAGCAGAUAUGAGGCUUCAGAACUUCCUCUUCAGCAAGUUCAAGGAGACUGCGCGAUUAUAUGGGUUUCAACAGUACGAUGCCCCAGUGCUAGAGCACGAGGAGCUCUUCAAGCGCAAGGCAGGUGAGGAGAUUGUGGAUCAGAUGUACAACUUUGCUGACAAGGAUGGCAACGCGGUGACGCUUAGGCCUGAGAUGACUCCGAGCCUGGCGCGGAUGGUCUUGAGCCUGAUGCGGGCGGAGACCGGAGAGAUGUCUGCAGUGCUGCCGCUGAAGUGGUUCUCCAUUCCGCAAUGCUGGCGCUUCGAAACGUGCCAGCGCGGAAGGAAGCGGGAACACUACCAGUGGAACAUGGACAUCGUGGGUGUGACAACCGUCCACGCAGAGGUGGAGCUGCUGUCGGCAAUUUGCUCCUUCUUCGAGCUGGUAGGCAUCACCUCCAAGGACGUGGGCCUGAAGGUGAACUCCCGGAAAGUGCUGGGCGCAGUGCUGCGCAACGCGGGCGUUCCGGAAGAGCGGUUCACGGAGACCUGCGUGGUCAUCGACAAGCUGGACAAGAUCGGCGCAGUGGAGGUGGUGAAUGAGUUGACUGGGAAGAUCGGCCUGGAAAAGGUGGUCGCUGAGACGAUCGUCCGCGCUACCUCGGCAAAGACCUUGGAUGAGUUUGCGAGCCUGGCCGGAGUGGGUGAGAGCCCUGAGGUCAUCGAGCUUAGACUCCUGUUCACCCUGGCGGAGGAAGAAGGCUUCGGCGACUGGCUCAUUUUUGACGCUUCGGUGGUGCGAGGUCUUGCCUAUUACACCGGCGUGGUUUUUGAAGGCUUCGACCGGAUGGGCAAGCUCCGGGCCAUCUGCGGUGGUGGAAGGUACGACCGCCUCCUGACCUUGUACGGCUCACCAGUGGAGGUGCCCUGCUGCGGUUUCGGCUUUGGGGACUGCGUCAUCUACGAGCUGCUCAAAGAAAAGAACGUGGUGCCAGAGCUGCCGCAAGUGGUGGACUUUGUCGUGGUGGCCUAUGAGAAAAUGAUGGGCAAGACGCCAUGGCAGCCCCCGGAGCCCUGGUUCGGCGCCCUGCGGGUCUUGGAAGACUAUUCCCAGGCUAUGCGGACCACCAGCUUUAACGACUGCGAGGAGGUCUGCUUCCUGCAUGCCUCGCGGCUGGCACAGGCCGCCCAAAGGUUGCCGCAUAACUCACCGGCGAGGCUAUUGCCCGGAGAUGCGGCGCAAGCGGGCACUUCCUUACCCGAGACCAAGGACUUGCCAGACAGCUUGCCAAAGACUGCGCCUGGAAUGGUCCGGGACCUGCUCAAAGGCCUUGAGCCCUCCUGGCGCUGUGAGGCGCACCUGGCGCCGGAGCCUUUUGCGGCCAGCGCCCAGCGGGGCGCCGUGCUGGUGGCUGCGGAGGCCUGGGCUGCGGAGCUGGGUGAGUUGCUGCAAGCGGCGCCCGAGUGGACGGUGAGGCAGCAGGGAGAGUGGGCUGUGAGCAGCAGCUUGGAAAGGUUCACCGCCUUCCUGCGCUGGCUCACCGGCAUCGUGGUCAGGAGCACCGCGGAGAUGCAGAGCGCCGCUGUGUCCACCAGCGCCGUGGAGGAGCACGGGCAGACACUGCGGGUGAUGGCGCGGCUGUGCAGCCGUACCUCCGGCUACAUGCAAGGAGCGCUCACUGCGCUGGACCCGGUGCGCCCCAUUGCGGCGCGCCUGGGCGCUGCCGCGGAGGGCCUGCGAGAGGCUGCGGAGGAUCUCACCGAGAAAGCUGGCAGGCUGCUGCAUGCGGAGGCCUUGAGCCAAGGCGAUGUGAGGCAGCAGAAGCUCCAACAGCAAGUCCCUCGCGGAAACCUGAUGCGUCAGUCGAUGCGGCGAUCCAUCCUGGGAAUCCUGGCGGGGCAUCCCGACUGGCAGCUGCCAGAAGAGGUGCGGCGACAAGAGGGCUUGCGCCAGCAUUUGCAGGACGUGGGCAAGAGCGGCUCCGCUCCGACCUUCGAGGCCGCAAGGCCGCGCACCACGGUGCUGGCCUUCGGCGCCUCGCGGGCCCGCAGGGCGCAGCGGGCGCAGGCGGACUUCGCGGAACUGGACGUGAACAACGACGGAGUGGUCUCGGUGGACGAGUGGCGCAAAGCGCGCGCCCCCGCGCCGAUCGGUGUCUCCAGCUUUGAUCCGCAACAGGCGCUGCGGGUGGCGCGCAUCCUGCGAGGGGCGGGGCGGUCUGUUGACGUCUAUUCCGAGGAGACGAAGAAGCUGCACAAGGGCUUCAAGUAUGCGGACCGCGUCAACGCAGUGCGCGUGGCGCUGGUGGCCCCCGGGGAGUGGGACCAGGGCCUCGUGACCAUCAAGGACCUACGGAACUUCAAGGAAGACGACCCCAAGGAGAAGAAGCAGAAGGAUGUGCCUCUCGCCGAUCUGCCCAACUUCGAGAGCUACUUCGGCCUGGCGCCGCCGAAAGCCGCGCACGCCUCCGCGAACGCCUCCGCGAAAGCCGCGGACGCCUCCCCGGCGCAGGCGAAGCGGCGCCGCGCCGACACCCGACGGCGACUUUGA